AAGUAUUCAAAAAAAUGGCAACGUUUGACAUAAAUGGUAAAGUAGCCCUUGUUACUGGAGGCGCCUCUGGUAUCGGAUACGCAAUCGCCGUGGCUUUACUAGCUAAAGGUGUAAAGGGCGUCACUUUAGCAGAUGUUGCUACAGAAGUUGGAGAACGAGCAGUUAAAGAAAUUGAAGCCAAAUUUGGUGAAGGCAAAGCAAUUUUCGUAAAAACUGAUGUCACUAAUGCUAGUGAAUUUGAAGAGGCUUUCCAAAAGACAGUAGAGAAAUUUCAAAAUGUUGACAUUUUAAUAAACAAUGCUGCCAUCGCUCUUGAAAAACACUGGGAAAGACUAAUAGAUGUUAACUUGUGUGGUGUCUUCCGUGGAACUCUGCUCGGUCUAGAAACUUACCUGCCUAAAUACAAAUCAGGCGAGGAAGCAGUGAUUAUAAACGUAUCAUCCAUAGCUGGUGUGGCACCUUUCGUGGCUUGUCCAGCUUACACUGCAUCCAAAUUCGGUGUUCACGGCCUGACAUUGGCCUGGGGUCAUCCAGCGCAUUUUAAAGACACCAAAGUGAAAGUUAUAGGAGUUUGCCCGGGAAUUACAUUGACCCAAUUGGGUGCUGAAUCUACGGAGAAUUUGUUCACCGACAGAUAUAAGAACAUAUAUUUGUCGACUCCGGAAUUGGAUCCUAAUCAUCCCAAACAAACACCGGAAGAAAUGAGUCCUCAUGUAGUAAGACUUAUCGAAAAAGCUACCAGCGGUACCGUUUGGAUAGUGGAAGAAGGGCAACCGCCUUAUCAAUACGAAAUGAUUAAGCGGGAACAAAUUGAAGACAAAAAUUAUAUCGACUAGAAAGUCAGUCAUAUUAUACGUUCCAUUCCUUGCUAUUAUUUCAACUGUAAAUUAGUUUUCAGUGAUUUUUAGUUAUUUUCUAAAACACAGCAUCAGCAAGUUGCUGUUCGAAAUUGGUAAAAUGUAUUAUUCCUAAAACCCCCAAAGCAAUCUUAUCUUACUGAGGUCAAAUAAUAAAAUAUUUGAUCCGA